AUGGCUCGAAUUCUCAUCACUGGCUCAACCGACGGCUUCGGCUUCGAAGCAGCCCGUCAACUAAUUGAGCGCAAGCACGAGGUCUAUCUCCAUGCCCGUAACCAACAGCGUGCCGAAGAAGUCAAGACAAAACUACCCGGAGCCGCUGGUGUUUUCAUCGCCGACUUGACAACCGUUGCCGAGACGCGUAAACUAGCUGAGGAAGCCAACGCUAUCGGGACUUUCGACUCUGUCAUUCUCAACGCUGGCCUCAUGUCCGGACCCUACCGAAAGGUCGACCUCGGCGUACCAGCCAGUGUCUUCGUUAACCUCGUUUCACCAUAUAUCCUAUCAACUCUCCUCAAUCAGCCCAAGCGUUUCAUCGGCAUCGCUUCAAUACUGCACCACCAGGCUGAUACAAGCCUCAAGGACAUCUUUUGGCUUGAGCGAGGUGAACAGGCUUGGCAAGAUUUCCAGGCCUACUGCGACGCCAAGUUCCAUGUUAUGCUUCUUGUGAACGCGCUCGCGAGACGAUUCCAGGAUAGCUCGUUCGUUUCGGUGCAUCCUGGUUGGGUUCCAACUAAGCUUGCUGGUGCUGGGGCGCCCGAUAAGAUGGAGGAUGGUAUUGAGACAUAUGUCAUGUUGGCUGAGGGUGAUUAUGACACUAGCCUCAGUGGUGUCUACUUUAAUCCCAAGAAGGAACAGGGUCAGCCUCAUGCGUUGACUGCGAAUGAAGACUUGCAAGAGACUGUCGUCAAGGCAUGCGAAGAUCUUACAAGCUUGAAGCUUCCUAGCUGUUGA